UGCUCAACCACUGCCUUGAAUGCUCAUAAUGGGGCAUCAAGAGUACUCCUCAGAAUUCAAGAACCAAGUGGUUCAAUUCAUCAUUGGAAGGUGCAUCGGCAUUGUUCCUCCUCACGGCACACUUAAGGAGGCACAGGUCAAAUUCAAAAUCUCCCGUCAAACCUGUACACGGUGGUGGAAUGCUGCAAAGAAACAACAACAAAGAGGAGAAUCAAUGCAAUUGGUAAGUCUAAAAAAAGUGAGGUCUUACCCUAAAAAGUUGCAUCUGGAUGUUGAGGUACUCAAGAGUAUGCAUUUCUCAAAAAGAUGCAACCUCUUAAGUGAGGCCACUGUUUGGAGGUGGGUUAAGGCUGGCCUAAUUAGGCCACACACAUCAGCCAUUAAGCUCAGCCUAACAGCUGCAAACAAGUUGUUGAGACUGAGAUUCACAGUUGAAUCUUUAGAACUAGACAUGAUCUUGAACAAGAUCAAGUUCAGGAACAUGUACAACACCAUACAUAUUGAUGAAAAGUGGUCUACAUGACAAAAGGAGCUCAAAGAUUCUAUCUUGCUACAGGAGAGGAAGAACCUCAUAGAAUAUGUAAAAAUAAGCAGUUCAUAUCAAAAAUUAUGUUCAUGUGUGCAGUUUGUAGGCCAUUGUUUGGUGUUAAUGGUGAAAUCUUGUUUGAUGGAAAAAUUAGAUUUUUUCCAUUUACCAAACAAGUUCCAGCCAAAAGGUCAAGCAAAAAUAGAAAGGCAGGCACUUUGGAGACAAAACCCAUAGAGAGUAUCACAAAAGAUGUGACCAGGGACUGCUUGAUCAAUAAGAUACUACCUGCCAUUAUAGCCAAGUGGCCUGAUGGGGCAACUAAAGUUCUCAAGAUACAACAAGACAAUGCAAGACCACACAUCAAAGACAAUGAUCCAGCUUUCAAAGAAGCUGCACAACAAAGUGGUUUCUCAAUAUAACUUGUGCAACAACCACCUAACUCACUUGACACUAAUGUCAAUGAUUUGGGUUGGUUCAGAGUAAUACAAUCACUGCAAACUUAUACUGCAUGCAAAAAUGUGGAUGAUUUAGUCAAUGCAGUGGUGCAAUCAUUCAAUGAAUUGCAGCCACAGUCUUCAAGGCUGUUUUAUGGAAAUCAUGAAAGUCCAGGGUCAUAACAGCUACAAGUUGCCCCACAUAGGGAAAGCACAUUUAAGGAGGACAAAUCAACUUCCAAUGGAUCUAGAAGUUCCAGUGGAGCUGGCUAUGCAAGCAAUUGUUUAUCUGCGGAACCAAGGGAGCAACCAGGGAUUGGAGAUGAUUGCUCAGUCCUUAGGAUUAUGAAGGUAUAGAAGAAGCUUUUGUGUUUUUUGGAUAGGCUGCCUAUGUGCAUGAAUGAUGCAUUCAGUCAAUACACAUGAAUGCACAUAUCAUGCUAGUA